AAAACAGAGCGACGACAGCAUCAGACACCAGCCAUGGCCACCACAUUGACGCAUCAGCCCGCCGCGGCCGGCCCGGCAACAACAACUGCUCCCUUCUCCACGGCCUGGUCUUCAAGAUAUCGAGGCGCCACAGUCGAAGAUCUUGACCCUCCCGCCGCUCUCUCUCUCAACCCGUCUGACGCAAUCUCCCUCGCCAUGAUGUCCGCCUUUGAGCGCGAGUACACACACCUCACCAUCGUCGACUCAGAAACCCGCGCCCUGCUCGGCUACAUCUCCAUCCCCCACCUGCAGUCCCUUCUGGAGGCCGGCCGCGUCCAGCCCAGCGAUCCCCUCUCCGCCGCCAUGACACGGUUCCAGCGCAAAGGCCGCACAUAUCGAGUCAUCACCAUGCAGACCCCGCUGGAGGAGCUCGAGGCCUUUUUCCGGGGCGACAAGAGCGACGGCACGUGGAAGGAGGAGUUCGCCGUCGUCACGGACGAGAACCGGAGAUUUGUGCUGGGUGUGGCGACGGUACAGGACUUGGAAGAGUUUGUCAAGAGGCGGCCUGCUUAAGUCGUUGGCUGGGGGGUCAGAGGUAGCGGGUUGGAGUUAAAACGGAGCAAGCCCAUGUCUUUAUGGCGAUUAAAUGAGACGCAUGUACGCUUUUUGAGGCCCUAGACGGCGUUUGGAAGACAAUUGGCCAUAUUCAACAUGCGUUGGAGCUACCACUGGGCUUGUUUUUGAUUGCAUGCAAUGAGGGCAGCCGGAAAAUUCUUUGUAUAAAGCGUGGUGAACAGGACUUUUUUCUUUGCUAUGAGGAGGCGAAGCUGAAUUAUAUGCAGAUAUGUGUACUCAUGACGUAGGGUUCAACACCAUAUCAGAAUAAACCACGUCUUCAAAGAAU